AGCGCAACGGUUAAGCGCAGGAGGCUGCACCGGGGCUGCCGAGGAAGAGGAAAUCUCAGCAGGAACACGGACAGGGAAAGGGCUGGGGCAGGGGCCGGCAGCGCAGCCCGCAGCCAGCCGGGACGCGCCGCGACGUGCCGGGAGCCCCGGGCACGGAAGCAGGACAAGCCCCGGCGACGGGUGCUGGCUGGCGCGGGGCACCGUGGGCAGGAGGAGGCCGGGAUGGAGAAGUGGGUGUCAGCCCCUCCGUCCCCUGGUGCUGGCCAGGAUCGGGAUGGGCUGGGCAGACACCCCUGGUCCCCACAGCUCCCGCAACUCCCACCGGGCGAGGAGGAGGAGGAGGAGGAGGAGGAGAAGGAUGAGGACAACGACGAUGACGAUGACGAGGACAUGGCGGGGGACACCGGGGGCAUCCUGCACUAUGAGGAGCACAUCGCCGGGCUGCUGGCAACGGUGGCGCGGCUGCACCGGAGAGCUGAAAAGCUGCAGCACCACAAGGGCAGGGAGGAUGAGGGGGGCUGGGAGGGCACCGCCAGCCUCCCCACUGCCAGCCCACGGCCCCGGCACCUUGAUGGCGCACUUGACGCUGGCACCAGUCUGGAAGCCCACAGCCCCGACCUCUUUGCGGACCUGCAGCAUGCUGUGAGCUCGCUGGAGCGCACCGUCUUCUCCCGGCACCGGUGGGCACCGGCGCAGCCUCUGCCUGGCGAGGAGUGGGCGCGAGCAGCUAAGAGCCUGGAGGAGCUGGACCGGACACCGAGCUGGGCUGGGAGGGCGAUGCAUUGGGGCCUGGAGGAGAGAGCGGGCGAGGGGCUGCUGGCAGAGGAGGCUGCGGUGGUGGCAGCGAGGAACGCGGCACUGCGGGCAGCCCUGGGGCGCCGGGACGAGGAGCUGAGCCGGGCCACUGCCUCGAUUCGGGUGCUGCGGGGGGAGCGCGACCGGCUGCAGCAGAAGGUUUGGGACCUGCGGGAUGCUCUGUCCAGACUGGAGGGGUCGGGGUGCUCCGGCAGCGACACCCCCAGGCUCAGCAGCCCCCUGGGGCAAGGGGAGCCCCGGCUGCCCCAGGACCUGCCCCAGUGUGGCGAUAGUGCUCAGCCCCACGGCACUCAGCCCCACGGCAUGCAGCCCCAUGCCCCCCUCUCCCCCCAACCCUCGGAGGGUGCCAGCCGGGAGCAGGAGCAGCGGGUGCAACAGCUGCAGGGGUGCCUGGAGAGGCUGCAGGAGGUGAACCGGCAGCUGGCGGCCGCGCUGCAGGAGUGCAAGAGCGAUGCGGAGCGGCUCAGCAUGGUGCUGGGCCAGCACGAGUCCCGCAGCACCGCCCUGCGCCUGGCCCUGCGCUGCAGCGAACGCUGCGGGUGGGCCUACGCUGCCCUCCUCGACCUGAUGCGGGCGAAGCUGGGCAGGGAGGAGGAUGGUGCCCGUGGUGGAGCUGCAGGGGAGCAGAGCCCAGGGCAUGGAUGGGGGUCCAGCCCCACACCGGCAGAGGGGCCGCAGCUCCCAGGCCGAGCAGAGCCAGGUGGCCAGGAGGAGACUGAGGCCAGCGGCUCCCCCAAGCAGCAGAGCAUCCCGGCACCCCACGGGAUGGAGGAGGGGGCCCUGCGUGAGCACAUUCGCCAGCUGCGUGUGGAGCAGGCGGCCGUGGAGGCGUCCCUGCACGACAUCCCGGCACCCACCCGUGCCAGCACCCACUGCAGCGAGGACACCCGAGCCCGGGCUGAGCGAGCACUGCAGGACGCCAGGGCUCUGCUGCCCGGCUGGAGGCGGCCGGAGAAAGCGGAGCUGCUGCAGGACUUGGCGAUGCUCAAGGAGGCCAUGGCUGACCUGAAGACUCAGCUGCAGCUGGCGGAGAGGGAGAAGAGGGGCCUGGAGGUGCUGGUGGCUGGGCAGGGGCCGCGGGAGGCUGCACUGCGCAUGGUGCUCCAGCACCUGGAGUGGGAGCGGGAUGGGGGGCCCGGCCGCCCUCCCAGCCCCCUCAGCAGCUCCAGCAGCAGCGAGGAGGAUGCCCAAACCAGCCGGGUGGGAGCGGCAGCUCCCCAGCACCCUCCGGACCUGGAAAGGAUGGGGGAAGAGCUGCUCCGUGCCCUGGCCCGGGUGGAGGAGCUGCGCGCCCGGGCGCAGGCUCUGGUGCUGUCCCUGGAGCAGAGCAGUGCCACCAGCCGUGCGCAGCAAGCACAGUGCAUCGCCGUCACCGCAGACUUCUUCCAUGCUCACAGCGCGCUGGCCCUGGCGUACCGCGGCGCCCGGCGGAAGCAGGCAGCCCAGCUGCGGCGGCUGGAGGUGCAGGCGGGUGCCCUGCGCAGGCAGCACGCCCGGCGGGCGCAGGCGCUGGCCCGCAGGCUGCAGGCCCUGGAGCAGGGGACGGCCGGCAGCGAGACCUGCAUCUAAGGACCCCUCAUCACCCCCGAGAUACCCCCACGCCGGGAAGCGCCUGCUGUAUCCCCAGGGAGAAUAAACCACUGAUGCUCGUG